CAACCUCGUCCGACUUCUUGCAUCGACUUCCGAAAAAACCAUGGAACAAAAAAUGACGCUCCCGACGAUAAUUUCCCUCAAUGUUGGCGGACAUUUCUUCACCACUCGCCUUUCCACGCUUUUGAAAGACGAAGAUUCCAUGUUAGCUGCAAUGUUCAGUGGGCGAUACAAACUUGAAUUGGACAAAGAAGGAAGAUAUUUUAUUGAUCGCGAUGGAAAAUACUUUGGUUAUAUCUUAAAUUACUUGCGUGACGCGUCACUUCCAAAACACUGCGUUGCGCUACAAGUGUAUCGCGAGGCGGACUAUUUCCAGUUAGAGCAACUUAUUCGUGAGCUUGCAUCCUAUCCAUCUGUGAUCCCACAUAUUGCAAUAGAGGAACAAAAAAGAGACUUAGCAGAAAGUUAUCACCACUGGAAAAGCGUCCUUUUAGAAACUACGCGACGAAAAUUUCACAAAUUUGUCAAAUUCGUCGUUGGUCGUGAUUGCGUGAUAACUGUCACGCGAUACGCUUCUGAAAAGGAUUACAACCUUAGUGAAGAUACCUGCAGAAGUUUUAUCUCACUUAGUGAUGGUAAUGAAAAUUGUCAAAGCCAUCAGUUCUUUAGCGUGAACGACUCUGGAGAGAAAUUAGAGUAUUACAUUGGUUCCCAUCUUCCAUCGAUUGAUUUUAUUGUUCCGAAUGAGGAUAUUCCAGACUGUCAUCAGUUCACGUCACUGGUUGAAAAAGAUCUGCGCCUAGAAGGGUUCUGUGUCAGCGGAAGUUUAACGCAUGCGUGGAAGUGUGGUCUGUGUGAUAUGACAGGAACUCUUCACCAGUUAGCUUUCAUGUGGUUUCUUCCAUAUCCAAACACGAAUAGCGAGGAAAUAAUGAAGAAGUUUUAA